AGUCGACGCCUGCGGACUGAGGACCUGCGGGACCCUGACAUCUCCAAGGAGAUCGCGGUGAAGAUGUCCCGGUUCCAUGGCAUGGUGAUGCCCUUCAACAAGGAGCCCAAGUGGCUGUUUGGGACCAUGGAGUGGGGCUUCGACAUUGGCAACCACUUCUGCGAGUGGGUUUACAACUACACCCACGAUUCCUGGCCCUUUUUCAAGGCUUCCCCAGAGAACUACCCCAGCCGGCAGCAGCAGCUGCAUUUCAUCCGGCACUACCUCUCGGAGGACUCGGGGCGACGCGGGGACACCACACAUGAGGAGCAGGCCCGCAUUGAGGAAGAGAUGCUCACGGAGAUCAACCGGUUCGCGUUGGCUUCGCACUUCUUCUGGGGCCUGUGGUCCAUUCUGCAGGCGAAGAUCUCCACCAUCAAGUUUGGGUACCUG